CGCUCCGCGCGGGACUACAGCCCCGCUCCGCCGCCUGCCCCCGCCGCCGGCCGCGGUGCCUGCCGGGAGCUGUAGGCGCCCUGGAGCCGGCGCGGCGGGCGAGUGCCGGCGGGAGGACGGUUUCUGCUGCGGGCGGGCGGGCUGGUCGGCGGCACCAUGAAAAGGAGAGCAGGGGAGCGGGAGAAAGAAUGGAAGAAAAAAAAGCUCCUUGAAGAACUUGGAGAGAAUACACUUCCAUAUAAGACACCAGCCGAUGAUGAUUUCCAUCAGUUGUGGAAGACCAAAUAUUCCAACCUGGUUUUAAGAAAAUCUGAUACAGUACCUGAAGAGCUUCAUCAAAUGGUACAAGAAAGCUUUCUGACCUUGCGAAAACACGAUUGUUUCUUUCAAGAUCUUGUAAGGAUCAAAGGAAAAGAUUUUGUUACCCCAGUGUCUCGUAUAUUAAUUGGAAACCCAGGAUGCACUUACAAAUACUUGAACACAAGAUUAUUUACAGUUCCUUGGCCUACUGAAGGUUAUGAUAUAAACUAUUGCAAUCCUCAGAUACGUGAUGCUUGUAAUGCAUUAAUCAGACUUAAUGACUACUUGCAUAUUGAAGCAGUCAAAGCAUUACAAGAACAAAAUUUGUUUGAGACCAAAGAAAUUAAAGAUACUACUAGUCUAGAUGGAGAGAAAAAUUUUGCUACUUCUAUUACAGAGACAGGGUCCAUUUCAAAGGAUCAAAGCAGUUGUUGUGUACCAGAGGAUGACUACAUAAGUCUAAAGAACAGAACAGCUUAUAACUUGACUUUAUUAAAUUAUAUGGAUCCACUACAAAUGCUGUACUUGAAACAAGAACCUUAUUUUGGAAUGGGGAACAUGGCAGUGAGUUGGCAUCAUGACGAGAAUCUGGUUAAAAGGUCAACGGUAGCUGUGUACAGUUACAGCUGUGAAGGUUCAGCCAUGGAAGAAAGUAACGAGCAAAAACUGAAGGGAAGAGACCCAGCUGUUUGGCACGUAGGCUUGAAGGUAGCGUGGGACAUAGAGACACCUGGAUUAGCAAUACCACUUCACCAAGGAGACUUCUACUUGAUGCUUGAUGAUCUCAAUAUGACACAUCAGCACUGUGUUCUGGCUGGGUUUUCACCUCGGUUCAGCUCUACUCACAGAGUAGCAGAUUGUUCAAGAGGAACAUUGGAAUACAUAUUUGGACAAUGUGAACUGGCACUCCAGAAUUUACAGACUGAUUCUGAUUCAGUGGCUUUAUCUUUGAAAUCACUGGAAACUGCAGUUGUAAAGCAAGUAGAAGAAAUACAUAAUGAGGUUGAAUUUGAGUGGCUUAGGCAGUUUUGGUUUCAAGGCAAGCGAUAUUUGAAGUGCACUGAUUGGUGGCUUAAGCCUAUAGCUAAACUGGAAGAAUUUUGGAGAAAAAUGGAGAUUAUGACAAGCCUGGUCCUCUCUGAAGUUGGAAAAGAGGAACAAAUUGAUGAACAAAGGAAUGAAACCAUCAGCUGCUUCUUGCUAGUUCUUACUGAGCGACAAAAGCUGCGUAAAGAAUGGGCAGCAAGAUGCCAGUCAGAAGCGGCAGAGAGCUUGCCAGAAGACCAGAAACCAGAAUGCCGUCCCUUCUGGACAGAUGAUGAAUGUAAUAUGCCUCUGCCAUAUGAUCUUGAAGAAGUAAUUGCUAAUCUACAAAAUCUUGUUCAGUGGGUUGAAUAACAAGUGACCUUCCAGCCUAGAAUUAUUGAUGCUCGUCAUUUGGAGAGAAGCGUUUUAGUCCAACAUAAAUCUUUUCAGCUUUAUGAUUCCUUGAUCAGGUGUUAUUUUAUGCAUCAGUGCAGAUUUUACUGGGCUCCACAUGGUACCUUUGCUACCGCCUCAUAAUUUAAAAAAAACAGGCCCCAAAUCUACAGAAACAGGUGGCUUUGGAGCCCUGAGGUCCACACUACCAGCCUCAGAUCUUUCCUUCUCUGCUCUAACUCCCGUUGACCCUACAGCCCAUGGAUAUCCCUGUUUCCACAAGUUCCCUUGGCAUCUAAAUUUCCGCUUCCAUGAGUGCCUGGAAUUGCCUCUGGCUUGGCAGGUUUGAGCAGCGCAAGGCAUAGCUCACAUCUGUGACAAGGCAGGAUCCAUGAUUCUGGGCAUCCUGGUGAGACCCCACUCGGGGUGGGCCUGCUGGAUGCCUUCAGAAUAGAGCUCUGAUUUCUUCAUCCACUAACACAGAGGUGCAGCAGAUGGUGGAGAAUGUCCUUUUUGCAAUGGCUGGCUCCUCGUUGGAGCAUUUUUUUCAGAGGAGGAGCUGUGGGGGAGUGUCCUGAUGCAGAUCCCAAGACUUUUGUGCUGUUCUUCAUGGCAAUUGAGUAGUACUGGGGGAGAUUUCCCACGUGGAUCUGCACCUCCUGGGCUCCCUGAGCUCAGAGGUUGGUUCCUAACCAUUACUUUGUUUCUGCGUGCUGUGAAUCCUGUUCUGAGGCCAGGUUUCUCACCACAUUGUCUAAAGAGCUGACAGACCUAAGUAGGGGUUUCCAUUCGGGGUGUGGGGUCCCCUGACAGAUUAUGUUUCGGUUGUGUGAUACGGAGCACCGCAGCAUCUGUGUUGACCUAGUGAGCUGUAGGAGAGCAAAACCAGAAGACUCUGAGAAACUAGGCUGUUUGUGAUCUGUUUUGUAGUAACAUGCUAUAAAAAAGAGCCGUUCUACAUUGGAUGAUACAGGGUGCUCCUGAAUAAAAGAGAUUUUUCAUUUGGUUAAGUUGCUGUUUUAACUUGAGCUGGUGUACGCCUUUGUCAUAAAAAGCAGAAACAAAUCAUAUUAUGGUGAAACAGCACUCAGUCUGCAUUACCACUACAAAAGAAACCAGUAAGACUCGGAGCUUGACGUUGCCACCAAGAAAUGAAUGUGCCUCCUGUGUUAAUCUUAUGUUUAAAAUGACUGCUGAGGCCAGGCUUACCCAGAGCAUACCAGUAUACUGUACUGGCAGCGUGCUCCCUGUGUGGAUGGGGCUUGUACCGCCAAAAAUUGUACUUGUGACAGUAUAACAUAUGCCAGACCUCCCUGGAGCUAAAGAAGCUGUGCCAGCAAAAAUUCAGUUCUAGUGGUAUAAAACUGUGUCCACACCUACCAGCUUUUGCCAGGACAAUUACAUCGAGUAGAGAUUGUACCUCUUAACACCUUUGACGUAGCUAGGCCAGCAAAAGUAGAAAGACCUGCAUCCAGCAUUUCACUCUGCAAAAGCUGUUAGCCACCCUGUAGGAUGUAAAGAGUCUCUGAAGAAUAAAUUACUAUUUAAAGCAGGUUUGAGUAUGUUGUACCCUUGAUCCGUACAUUUGUCCUUUGUCUCUUGUGCCACCUAAUUCUUAACAUUUGGAAAUACUGUUGUGGGCAUAGCUUUUUCUUUCCUGCACUAGCUAAAGCUGGCUUUACCAGUGGGCAAAUAGCAUAUAUUUGGAUUAAUGCCACACUAAAUGCUGUUUACUUUGGAGAUCACUUAGAGAAAAAUGAGCUGAAGAUGUGGGAAUUCUGCUUUUGAAAAGGCAGUUCUCACAGAAACAGAUAUUACUUUGGAAAUGAGCAAGAUGAAUUCAAACAAGCUAAUGAUGUAACACUGUUAACGCAGCAUUUAAGGGGAUUGUUUGUUUAUGCUGUUACUUUAUGAUUAUUUUGUGUUUAAUUAAGCGCUGCUAGAAACCGUGGGGAUCACAGUAUUGAAAUGAAUCUGACAGCCAUAAAGGGUGGAGAAGGCACAUAACAUUGUAGUUUUUAGCUGAAGUGGAGGCACAGCUAUAAAAAAAUGAUUGGCAAAUAAUUAUUUCCAGCAGUAGUGAAGAAAAACCACUGGGUUUUUUCUUGUAUUAGGAGACUGCUGGCAGCAAUAAUAGAAUUUUAAAAAAUACGUGAUUCCACGUCUUGUCUGUGCUGAAGAUUUAAGCUACUAAAUUAGCUGAACUAGUACUAGCCUCGAUGCAGUCAGAUAGCGCUCAUUUGAGCCAUGGAUGGCAAUGACAUAGACACAUGAACACCUUUGGAAUGGCUAAGACCUAGGAUUCGCUGGCAAAAUCCCAAUAAUCAAGUGGUUAAAGGGGACUAAUGCUCUGUGUGGCAGUCCAGUAUAUCCAUAUGUAUAUCCUAAAUGGAUAUAACUUGAUUGAGUUCAGCUGAAGUACAGAAGUGUAAGAAGAUUUCAUAUCUCCAAAACCCGCAGGAGCUGAUAGCAAAGACAUAAGUAAGGUGGAUGGAACUGUUUGAAGCAUGUAGUAAUGCCAAAGGGUACCCCAAAGGGAGGACGUGGUUACAGGUAAAGAUCUAUUAAAGCAAUGGAGAGAUCAAGUGUAAAUUAUUGUUGUGUUUGGAUUACGUACUAGAAGCAGACAAAUACUUGGAAGUUUUCUUUAUUUUAUUCAAAUAGUUAUAGUACAGCUCAUGAUAUUUUAGCACUAUUAUUCAUUAUAUAUAUUCUUCAUAUAUAUGAAUAUCUAAUGCAUAUUUCAGCAUUAGAUAACCCGUUUCCAUUUAGGAUGAGCUGAAAGACACAGCCUCUGAUCGCUGUUCUGUGUAUAGCAACUGUUUGCCAAGUCUGGGUGCUCCAGAGGCACGAGGACCAAGGUCAGUGUUUUUCAGGGAAGAGGUGAGAGCAUAAAUUAGCUUCUAACAUUAGGUUCGGUGAUUCUUUUUAAAUGGUGAAGUUCACGACUUUGCUUACAUUUACUUUUCAUCAGCCAUGAAAGAAUUAAGGUAAAAUAGUUCACUUGCACGUGUGUGUCAGGCUAAAUGGAUUGCAGAAGAUACAGAUCUGUUUGCCUGUCUGCACUUGCCUUUAGACAAUAUUCAUCAGUUUUACAAAAGCUACUGACUAAACAUGGAACCAAUACAAAUGAAAUGCUCGAGGCAAGGGCUUUCUUUAAAAAAUCUGAUACAGAGUUGGUUUUACACUGAUAGAAAGAAAAUGUUGGCAGAAAAUGAAAAAUUUCAUUGUUUCUGUGAUUUGGGGGAUGAAAGGUGAAGGCCGUUUUUAAGUAUUUGAUAGAAAACUGCUGUGUUAUGCAAUGUAAUUAGAAAUGUUUUUGUAAUGCUUUAUUCAUAUCUCUGUAUAUGAAAAUACUUUAUCCUGUAGGUCCUUUCUUCCUUUUAAAAGGUUAUGUAAAUAAAAAAUAUUAAUCGCAGUACAGUAGAUUUUGAAGGCAUCAUGCUCAUGCUCUAAGCUUUACAGUAGAUUCUGGUUAUCUAAAGUAUAAAUAAGAAUGCCAUGAGGAAUUGCCAGCUGGAGACUGUCCAGGAUGGGUAACAUGCAACAUAAUAAAUAUCCAAAUCAGUUGUCUUAUUAUCAUCCGAGUAUAGCUUUAGUUCCACUUGUGAUGAUGCAAGAUGUGCUUAAAAAUCAUACUGGACUUCUUAAUGCUGUGGGACAGAUUCAGGGAUUCCGGUGCCAUAACAAAAAAAAAAAAAAAAAAAGAAAUUAAAAGAAUACUGAAAUCCAUCAUGAUAGAUGGCUCAAAUAUUAUAGUGUGUUAAGAGCGGCCAUUGCUCCUUUCUCAGCUAUAGUAGUGUCAUGCCGAUAGUCCAUGCAGUGGAAUUUGGGCUAACGUAACAGAGAUUAAACUAGCCCAGGAGCUGAUUUCCAAGCUGGGAUGAGAGGAGGGGAAGAGAGAUGAGAUGAGAUACAAGGGAUGAGCUUUCUCAAGGCCACAACUUUAUUAACUGAACCCAUAUGGGAGUCAUUGAGCAGUAACAUGUACAGUGCAGGUCAGGAUCUCCCCCUUAAUUGUUACCACCUGGUGCAAAGUUAAUGUUGGCUCCUUAACCCUCCUCGUGCCCCCGACAGCUGGUCCUCAGCUUUCUGCUAGGAGCCGACCACUGUCUUCUUGCACUAAGGUUAGCGGGCUGGGAAGAGCAGUUGUUCCACUGUAGCACAGGCAGGAGAAACCCUGAUCCCCAGCUUCAACCUCCGCCACUAUCCUACUACACCUCCAUGGACUGAGUACCUCCACACAGCAUCUGUUUCCCGUUUGAGAUGGAAGUUGCUGCAGCUCAUCUUCCGAACGAUCCCAGCGGGAUGGCGAGCUGCUGCGGGGAAGGGUCAGACAAACAAACAGAACAGUGUCACAGCGAGGUGCCUUGGCUGAAACAAGGCAGCACUGCACUGCCCACGGCAGAGCGACAAGCUCAGCCCUGCACUAACCUGGCAGUAGAGGGUGGGAGCUGUCAGCUAGUGAUGAAAGACUCGGGCGAAACCACCAACAUUCAAUAUUGGUGAGGACUCCCAACCUGCCCGGUGCUGGCUGUCUCCUCACCCACCUGCGAGUGCCCAGGGAAUCCUGAAUGGAGCCUCUGCUCUUCUCUUGCCAGCCCAAACCGAGACUCAUUGCCUUCAAUGUGGCUGGGCUUGCGUCUUCAUUUACAGCCAUAUGUCCUCUUCACCUUAGCCUGGGGGCACUCAUUGAACAAGAGAAGAUCAUUUAUACGACUGAAAAAAGACCGUACUUAGUGAGGCUGCGGAACUGGCUGAGUAACAUCGCAAAUAAAAGCCAACAAAUAACUGAUAAAAUUACCACAUUAAAACACUGAUGUUUGGGUGCGAGCCCUUCACACAUGACGUGAAAACUAUGGUUUAUCUUCUUGUUGCUUUGGAGAUAGCAUUCAUAAUUCACAGGAUAGAAAAGGACGUACUAAGCCAUGGUGUACAUCCUCUAAUACCCCACCAGUUUUACAGUGCUUGUCCAUGCCAAAUCAGAAUUUGGUCAUGAAAGUUGUUCUCCUCCCCCUCUGUAUCAUCAAAUACUUGCUUUCAUGCCAACACAUCUUGGUCUGAUUAGUCUCCUUGAUUAGAGUCUAAAGUAAAAAGUCAGGUGUAUAGGAUUCCCAUUAUCCUUUAUUUCACUGCUUCUAAGAACAGGUCAGAUAGAGUUAUUUCAGUGAAAAUGUGAACAAUCAACUUCUGUUUACCAUUAACCUUCAGUUUUCUUUUCUUAAAAUCAAAUCAGGGCUUGGUAGGCAGUUAUUUUCGUACAUGUCCCUUGAUCAGUGGAACAAUCUGUCAAAAGUCAUUAAAGCCUCUAUUAGGUUGAAUUGCAUUCAAAGCUAAACCAUCCAAUCAUUUAAAGGGCUAUGAUGAUUGUUUUUAAUAUAGUAUACAUUGAUUUCUCCCUCUGAGGAGUAACGUAACUUUGAAACUAAGCAUGUAUGACUAGGGCUUGUUGCUAUCCAGCACGUCCUGAGGAGCCUGGUUUCUUGCAGAAGAUGAAUGUCUACAUAAAAAAGUAGAAAACAAACAUAGUGAAAUCACCUGUAUAUUUGCAGAAGCUUUUCCUCCAUUUUUCUUCUAUUUCAUUGUAUCCAUCAAGGAUACAUAUAUAUGUACAUAUACAUAUAAGGUAUAUGGAAUGGGAAGAAAUUUUCCAAGGUCCUCUGCUCAAAAGCUUCACUGAAAAAUGUAACAUCUAAUUGUAGUAAUAUUUUCAAGUGGCUUUUUAUCUUAAGAUCUUAGGAUGCUUUACACAGAGAAACUGAGGCAGGGGUCAAAAGUGCGGCUGUGUUCUGACUGCUGACACUGGAACCGAGCAUACGUAAUCCUCCAUCGCUAUGUGUCUCAAUUACUUCCCGUUAAUCAGCUCAGUUUACAGAUUAAAAGAUGCUCUCGUAGAACUUUUUCUCUCCAAAGAUAUAUCUUAUGGAGCUGGAAUCUGUCCUCCUCAUGUCAUGUUUGACAUAUUAUUUAGUUGCAUCACAUACAAUAAUACAUCUCAUGUAACAGAGAUCUUUCAGGCCUUCUAAUGUUUGAUUAAACUUUGCAGUGAAUCUUUUAGUUACAUUGCAAGUCCCUGAGGUCUCAAUGGGAGAGGUAAAUUUUAUUGGAACUAUUCAAUUUUUCCAUGGAUAAUAUGCAGAUAUGCAUUAUAUAGUACGAUAUAAUGUAAUGUUAUACAAUCCACACUCAUUUAGCUCUAUCUGAAGUGUGUCCACUGUGCACCCCACAAGGUGGUAUGACUGCUCUACUAGUAAACUCGUAAAAAAAUACCCUGUGGGUAUUGGGGUGCUGUUUUUUAAGGUGAAGAUGCAUUGCUGGAACAAACUGGAAUGCUGGUUAUGCACCUGUUAGCACUUUUGUCUGGUUCCUAUUUGGUAGUCUGGUAGUACUUUACUGAGAGCACUACUUUUCUAGUUAUUUUGACGAGCAUCCUAAUAAUUUAUUACCCAAACAUUAUCAAAGCAUUCCACAGUUCUUCCGUUGCUGUUCUUUCUCUUCUAUCCGCUGGUGCCCUUUCUUUCCUUUUUUGUCUCAGGAUUAACAGUAAAAUUAUUAACAAGUUGUGUGCUUUGUUAGGCUGACAUGUCUUUAAAGUGAGAAAACUUAAAAACUAUUUAUCAGAUUGGCAUUCUCUCAAGUAUGUAUAUUUGCAAACCAGUUUAUUAGAAUAUUUUUGCUGCUUGCUUACUUGGUACUACUACAUGUAAAUUUUAUUAAGGACUGUUUAUACAACACUGUGAGAUAUGCAGUGAUGUUUAAGUUUGUAUGUAUUUGCUAAUUUACUGACAUUUAUAAAAUAAAUCACUUAAAGAAUC